UUUUUUUUUUGGUUUUUUUUUUUGGGUGAAGGUUGGGAGGGGUGGUUGAGAUUUCAGUGGUAGUAAAUGUUUGCUGCACUUUGCGGGCUGCUGGUCGAGAGAGAGAGAGAGGGGGGCCACAAAAUAGGUAGCCAUAUAUAUAUAUAGAGAGAGAGAAUUAUUGAAAUUGAGAGGAAAAAGGAUUGACCUCCUCCUGAUAUUGUUUAGAAUGGUCGACACAAGAAGAUCUGGAGCUGGGUUUUCAAUUUCUCAAUUCGUUAGAAGCAAAUGGUCCCUCUCUUUUACCGUUUGGGGAUUGGUCGGAUGCCUACUCAUGAUCCAUUUUUACUCCAUAAUACAUCAUAAAGACAAGAAGGAGAACGAAGUGAGAUUGAGUUAUCAUACAAUUAUCGAGGAACUAGAAGAAAUUGAAGAAGAGAACUUUCAAAUUCCACCUCAUAGAAAAAAGGGAUCCCAUCGUUACGCUAGAAGAGGACCCCGAAAGCCACCAGCUGGAGUCGAGGAGUUCUUAAAUGAAUCUUCUGAUCUGAGACCUUUCUUCUUCCCCAGUGGAAUGAGUGCUAUAGACCCGAGAAAGAGAGGAAAUGAUAGCAUGUAUUUUUAUCCAGCUAGGACGUGGCUAGACACUGAGGGGAAUCCUAUUCAAGCUCAUGGCGGGGGAAUUCUAUUUGAUGCAAAAUCCGGGACCUAUUAUUGGUACGGGGAGAACAAAGAUGGAGAUACUUAUCAUGCUCACAAAAAAGGAGCUGCCCGGGUUGACAUAAUUGGAGUCAGCUGCUACUCCUCCAAGGAUCUAUGGACUUGGAAGAAUGAGGGCAUUGUACUUCCGUGUGAAGAAACAAACGUCACCCAUGACCUUCACAAGUCCAACGUCCUCGAGAGGCCUAAAGUAUUAUACAACAACCUCACGAAACAAUAUAUCAUGUGGAUGCAUAUCGAUAAUGUCAAUUACACCAAGGCCUCUGUUGGUGUUGCCAUUUCAGACUCUCCAACAGGACCCUUUCACUAUCUCUACAGCAAACAACCCCAUAGCUUCGAAAGCAGGGAUAUGACUGUCUUCAAGGAUGAUGAUGGCAAAGCCUACAUUAUCUACUCCUCUGUACAUAAUAGUGAGCUCCAUGUCAGUCCUCUAACUGAUAAUUAUCUUGAUGUCUCAAAUGUAGUCAGAAGGAUUCUCGUAGGUCAGCAUAGAGAAGCUCCUGCACUUUUUAAGCAUGAAGGGAUUUACUAUAUGAUCACUUCGUGGUGCACGGGGUGGGCCCCAAACGAAGCUCUGGCACAUGCUGCAGACUCAAUCAUGGGUCCAUGGGAGAGGUUGGGGAAUCCUUGUGUUGGAGGAAAUAAUAUUUUUAGGAUGACAACGUUCUUUGCUCAGAGUACGUUUGUUCUGCCAAUCCCUGGUUUGUCUGGAUCUUUUAUAUUUAUGGCGGAUCGCUGGAAUCCUUCGGAUUUGAGGGAUUCAAGGUAUGUGUGGUUGCCAUUGAUUGUUGGGGGAUUAGCUGAUGAGCCUUUGGAGUAUAACUUUGGGUUUCCAUUGUGGUCUAGAGUGUCAAUUUAUUGGCAUAAGAGGUGGAGACUUCCUCAAGGGUGGAGAAGUAGUUAUACAUGAAAGUCGUAGUGUUAUACUGCAAUUUUUUGUUGUUCAUUAUGAGAAAAUAAGUAGAUGAUUCAUUUAAUGCUCCUAAUGUGUAUACGUGUAUUUUAAGAUUAAUAUGUGCAUUUCAGUGCCUACUGUUAAAUGAAAUGCUCCAUCUGCAUGAAAAACUA